CACUUGCAUUUGCCGGAGUCUUUCGUUUCGUUUCGUUUCCCGUGAUGGAUCGCCAUCAGCGCAUCGUAGCGCAAGUAGCCUCCAAGGUGAAAGACUACUUUACACGCAAGGAGCCUUUCCGGAUAUCACAUGGGUCAACCAACUCCACGCGUCCGAACCUCAAGAAGCGCGUCGUCGACAUCAGUGGGUUGAGAAAUGUCAUUGAAGUUGAUAAAAAGACGCGUACGGCUCUUGUAGAGCCUAAUGUACCCAUGGAUCGACUCGUCGAAGCCACUUUGCCACACGGAUUGGUACCGCCAGUCGUCAUGGAGUUCCCUGGUAUCACUGUAGGAGGAGGCUAUGCAGGGACUGCGGGCGAAAGCAGUAGUUUCAAGUUUGGGUUCUUCGACAGGACGAUCAAUGAGGUUGAGAUGGUCAUGGCAGACGGUGCAGUCGUCAAAGCAUCGGAGAAGGAGAACGCAGAUUUGUUCCGUGGAGCUGCUGGUGCAGUGGGCACAUUGGGAGUUACCACACUGGUCAACCUUCGACUCAUCGAGGCGAAGAAGUACGUAAAGACGACCUACUACCCAACCAGGAGCAUAGCACAAGCUGUUAAAGAAGUUCGCGAGUAUACCGAGGGCGCAAAAGGGGAAAAGAACGACUAUGUGGACGGCAUUCUCUUUUCCAAGGAUCAUGGCGCCAUUGUGACUGGAGAAAUGACAGACCACCUCCCACCCAACAUCAAACCGCAAACAUUCUCUCAUGCUCUGGAUCCCUGGUUCUAUCUACAUGUUGAAGAGGCCACGCGCACUUCUAAUGAGCCCAUUGUUGAGUACAUUCCACUAGCCGAGUACAUGUUUCGAUACGAUCGUGGUGGCUUCUGGGUUGGACGAUCUGCUUUCAGCUACAUGGGCUUUCCCUUCAACAAGUUUACCCGUUGGUUUUUGGACGACUUCUUGCACACACGCAUGCUGUACCGCGCCCUGCACGCCAGUGGGAUUGCGACGCGCUACAUCGUACAAGACAUGGCUCUUCCCUACCCUAACGCCGAGAAGUUCAUCGGCUACACCGACAAGGAGUUCAAUAUCUGGCCAAUCUGGCUUUGCCCACUGAAGCAGAGCGAGCAGCCGACCAUGCACCCGCAUACUAAGGGUGAGCUGAAGGACACACAGAUGCUUAACAUCGGUCUUUGGGGCUUUGGGCCUCAAGAACCUCAGGAGUACCUCAGCAAGAACCGCGCACUUGAGAAGACGCUAGGCGAGAUGGGCGGUAUGAAGUGGCUUUACGCGCACACCUACUAUAGCAAAGACGAAUUUUGGUCACAGUUUGAUCGCCAAUGGCACGAGGGUCUGCGGACGAAGUACAAUGCUGGUGGACUCCCUGAUGUGCACGACAAGGUGCAUGUCGACAUUCAGAAAUACACAGACAUGGUGCAGAAGGACUGGAGUAUGCGACUGAAGAACGUAUGGCCGCUAGGAGGUUUCUGGGGUAUCUACAAGAGCAUCCAGAGCAAGGACUACAUGAUCCACCGUAACUCGAUAUGGAAGUGGAAGCGAUUAGGUGCUUCGAGGAGAUGGUGGAUGUGGUGGUAAACGU